GGAAAACCUGGAAAUUAACGGAAUAAAAACAAGGUUAAACUUCCCAAGCUGCUUUAUCGAAAGGGCGAUAGAACAAAAGGCAACCUGCCGUCAUGUAAUUCUACGUUCUUUGCUCUCUUCUCUAUUGACUCUACCUUAUCUCGACCGAGCUUUCUAUCUUCAACCUAUUAGUCUAUCCAAAUGCUGUAUCUGACGGCUGAUUUUUUCCCUGUCUUCAUACCACUGGGUAUCAUUGGAUUCUACCGUUACUUGAUCUUCAUCAUCAAGCUCAUCGCUUGGAUAGUUUACGAACCUAUCAUUCCUUUGGAUGAUCCAGUUUAUGUGCCAGAGAAAGAUGUUACCAUCGUAGUGCCAACCAUUGAUGCAGGAGAAGAAUUUGUGGAGGCAGCAGAGUCUUGGCUGGCUUGUAAUCCCAAGGAAAUCAUCAUUGUGACGGAAGAAAGUAUGUACGGUCCAUUACAAGAAUUGGCAAACCAAAUCAAUCCAGAAAAAAUUAGAGUGCUUACUGUAGCCAAGGCCAACAAGCGACUUCAAAUGGUACAAGGAAUACGACACACCACCACUGAUAUUCUCGUGUUCGCUGAUGAUGAUGCUAUCUGGAAACCACAAACCCUGAACUACAUUCUGGCCUGUUUUGAAGACGAAAGCAUAGGUGGAGUUGGCACAUCACAAACUGUCAAGUCUGUUGGAAAACACCAGACGGUGUGGGAAGUACUUGCCGGAUUCCGAUUGACGGUUAGAAAUAUUGAGGUCGCCGCUUCUACACAUAUAGAUGGCGGCGUAUGCUGUAUCUCUGGUCGAACUGCAACCUAUAGGACUGUCAUUCUGAAGGAUCCGGAAUUUCAAGAAAAGUUUACAAACGACUUGUGGAGAGGAAAAUAUCCUCUAAAUUCCGGUGACGAUAAAUUUUUAACCAGAUGGAUGGUCUCCCAUGGUUGGAACACCUAUAUGCAGGUAUGCUCUGAGGCUGAACUGCUCUCUACUUUCAAGACGGACUGGCGAUUCAUCAAGCAGGUUUUGCGCUGGACCAGAAACACAUGGCGUAGCGACUUCCGGUCUCUGUUCGUAGAAAGACACCUUUGGUUCAAGCAUCCCUUUGUGACUUACACCAUGCUGGAUAAAUUUGUCAAUCCUCUCACCUUGUUAUCAGGUCCAGUCUCUGUUAUUGCCCUCUGCUUUACAGCCUACCAUCUACCCAGCUGGGAUAUCAUUCUCUCCUAUGUAGUUUGGCUGUUAGCAACCAGAAUCGUCAAACUUUCUCCACAUCUCUUCCGCCGACCUCAAGAUAUCAUCCAUGUCCCGGCUUUCCUACUGUUCAACUUCUACUUUGCCUUUAUGAAGAUAUACGCCUUGUUCACCCUCAAUGUCACUGGCUGGGGAACAAGACAAGGUGUUGGCAAUGAGUUGGCAGCAGAUAUUGAGAGGAACGCAGCUGCUGCCUCCAUUGAUGGAACGUCACAGACAACCAUCGAGAUACCACCUGAAGUAGCAAUCCGAGACAAAUUAAUUGCAAAGCUGACCACAGAAGACAUGAUGGUUCCAGAUAGAGCAAAAGCUCAUGUUAUCGUUCCUGCCGUCCCUAUCAUCCCUCUUGAAGCUGCGCCUGUUAUGAUCGCAUAAGA